UGUUAGCAUAAGCUGCCUGCGUUAGCUCCUCUCUCCGUGUCUGUCGGUGUUUUCUCGGUUGCUCUCGAGCCUCACGAACCCGGUGGAAACGCUCAGCCUCAUUUUCACCACAAACACAGACACCAAGUCCCGCAGGAGACAUGUCCACCGCCCUGGAGAGCUACAUCAACCGCACCGUGGCCAUCGUCACCUCCGACGGGAGAAUGAUUGUGGGAACCCUGAAGGGCUUCGAUCAGACCAUCAACCUGAUCCUGGAUGAGAGUCACGAGCGGGUGUUUAGCUCCAGUCAGGGUGUGGAGCAGGUGGUGCUGGGACUUUACAUCGUCCGAGGAGACAACGUAGCUGUGAUCGGAGAAAUCGAUGAAGAGCACGACUCCACUCUGGAUUUAGGAAACAUCAGAGCUGAGCCGCUCAACUCAGUGGCCCACUGACCCCUCGACCUUUGACCCCCUCUUCACCCCCCUCCCUCCCUCCCUCCCUCCACUCUCACCUAUCCUGGCUGCCAUCUCCACGGCGACAGGAGGAGCGAGACGGCACGACUGACGCUGCGUCUGAAAUCAUCGCUCGUUCACUCGCUCGUUUACUUGCUCGUUCACUCGUACUCAUCCCUGAUGUGAGGCUGUGUGGUGAGACGUUCAGGGACGAGUCGUGAACAGGAAGUGAUGUCAGCCUCAGCGUCGGUCGUGUGGACGAGCGUCACCGGAGUUUCACGCUCGAUCAGCUGAGAAUCGGUCACAAGGACUGAGGAGCUCAACGCAGCGUCCGUGACGACUUCAGUUUGGACUUUUUAUAAAUGAAGACGUGAAAUGUUCGAGUUGUUAUGAUGAAAGUUUUUUAUGCUUCAAGUCCUU